UUAUGACCUGUUAUCGCAGAGCAAACGAGGGAAAUCGACAGCUGGUCAACAACAGGUGAUUAAUAAAAAAAGCGGCGUGUGUCUUUGGUAAAAGAAUGUGUCUCAGAAACCACAGUUGGGAUUCCACCGAUCAACACGAAUCUCAAUUUCAGCGAAUUUGCAAGACAUGGAUAUUUUUGUGCAGAACUCUUCCAUCGUAUCCAGAAAUGCAUCUGUGAGCUCUGACCAGCCAGCGGCCACGCAGAUAGGAAUAGAUAUCCUGAAGCGCGGAGGUAAUGCCGCCGACGCCGCGGUGGCGACCAUGGCCGCUGUCACGGUCAUCGAGCCCUUGUCCUGCGGCAUAGGUGGGGACUGCCAUUGCACCUUCUACAGGAAAAAGGAUAAGAAAGUGAUGUCCGUAAAUGGCAGCGGCCGGACGGGGAAGAAUGCGACGAUGGACAAGAUCCGGACUGCCGGAAUCAAGGAUCCGAUGGACAGGGAUUGCUUCAACCAUGGCCUGUGGGUAUCCGUCCCUGGCACAAUCGCAGGAAUGGUGAAAGUCAUCGAGGAAUUCGGAUCUGGAAAGCUGACUAUGAAGGACAUCUUUGGUCCUGCUAUUCGCCUGGCGGAGGAAGGGGUCCCUAUCCCCUUCAAACACGCCACCAUGUGGGAGACCUGCCAGGAAGUUUUCCGCCCCUCCAAGAAUGCCAAUGACCUCCUCAUCGAAGGCAAAGCGCCUGCGCCUGGGGACAUCAUCUACGCGCCAAAACUCGCCAAAGUCCUCAGAAACGUCGCAGAAGCUGGCGUGGAAUCAUUCUAUGGUGGAACUACAGCGCAGAACAUCGCCGCAGCGGUUCAAGAGGCCGGUGGAGCCCUGACUGCCGAAGACAUGAAGGAACACGUGCUCAAUCCUCCAAACCCUUCCCCGUACGAGCCUCUUAGUGUCGACUUCAACGGUGUUACAAUCUGGGAAAUGAAGCCCAACACUAUGGGAAUCGUAGCUCUGGUCGCUUUCAACAUCCUUAAGGCAUACGAUCUCAAAGCCCUUGGACACAACUCUCCAGACUACAUCCACCUGGUGGCCGAAGCCACGAAGCACGCUUACCUAGAAGCCUGGGAAUAUCUGUGCGAUCCCAAGUGCUGCUCCAAGCGUGUAGAAGACAUUAUCACGGAAGAGUAUGCACAGAAACUAAGAAACAAAAUUGACCCAGAAAGAGCUUAUAAGUGUCACCAGCAGUUCGUAGGCAGCGACACUUCUUACGUGGCAGCGGUGGACGAGGAAGGCAACGGUUGCUCCUUUAUCUGCAGCGUCUCGUCCAACUUUGGCACGGGAAUCAUUCCGGACGACUGCGGUUUUGUGUUGCACGACCGCGCCAAAUCAAUGAGCCUGGAAGAGGACAGCACAAACGUGUUCGGACCUAACAAACUGCCCUUGCACAGCAUCAUCCCGGCUAUCGUCACUGAAACUGCCACAAAUGACUUACUGGCCGUCAUCGGCGUUGUGGGAAGGUGGAUGCAACCGCAAGGUCACUUGCAGGUGCUACUGAACAUGAUCCUUUUUGGCAUGGAUCCACAAGUUGCUCUCAAUCAACCAAGAUUUUUCGUUGGAGAUCCCCGACCUUACGUCGCCUAUAAAGGUUCUCUACAAGGCAUAUGCCUCGAAGGGGGGAUUGAUCCAUCCGUAGUGCCUUUCCUGGAGAGUAAAGGUCACAAUUGUCGCUUCUUCGCCGGUUACAAGAGGGAGGUGUUCGGCAAGGGUCAUGUGAUCGCACGCUCCAAGCUCUUCAACCCUAACUCCGCUGAGAGGAGUUCCAAGAGUUGGUGGUCCGGGGCCGAUCCGAGGUGCGACGGGUGUCCCAUGGGAUACUGACCAAAUAUCUGACUUUUAUUGGAAUAUCUUAUAUUUUUAUGAAAUAAUGCGGACUCACGAGACAUGCGCAUGGACAAAUCGGGGAAGUAAGAUUUUAUUUCGGUGCUGAAAUGUAAAGAAGGGGGAAAUAAAAAAUCAGCAGUGAAUAAGUGUGUCCGUGUGCUGAACUUUUGGAAAGUGGAUAAAAUCCUUCAUUGUUUAUUUUAUUUUACUGCAUGUUUAAUUAUCUUGAUGAUUUAAUUCAGUUGUUUUAAUUUCUGUUCUUUUAUCAUUUAUGAUUUGUUUAAAUAAAAUAAAUCUAUGAGCUUUGUCAAAAGA